AGCUCCUCACUCUCUCUCUCUCUCUCUCGACUACAAUCAUCUGAUUCUGAGCUAUCAAACUCUUCAGUCAAUGGCGAUGAUGACGACAACGACGACGAAAACAUUCUUCUAUACACAAAUUCCUGCUAACAGUCACAAAUCCGGAGCUGUAGCUUCUUCUUUUGUCUCAGUUCCUCAUUCUUCGUCUCUUCAAUUUCGCUCGCUUGUUUCGGAUUCAACUUCAAUUAGUGCUCAAAGUAAAUUAACCGGGAAGCUCAGAAGAGUGUCGGUUGUUGUUUCCGCAGCCGCAACAUCUGAACCUCUCACCGUACUCGUUACCGGUGCCGGUGGAAGAACAGGGCAAAUUGUGUACAAGAAAUUGAAGGAGAGGUCGGAUCAGUUUGUGGCGAGGGGUUUAGUGAGGACGAAGGAGAGCAAGGAGAAGAUCAAUGGAGAGGAUGAGGUGUUCAUUGGGGAUAUCAGAGAUCCUGAAGCUAUUGCUCCUGCUGUUGAAGGAAUUGAUGCUUUGGUCAUUCUUACAAGCGCUGUACCGCAGAUGAAACCCGGUUUUGAUCCUAGUAAAGGAGGGAGACCUGAGUUCUACUUUGAAGAUGGAGCUUAUCCGGAACAGGUUGAUUGGAUUGGUCAGAAGAAUCAGAUAGAUGCUGCCAAGGCUGCGGGAGUUAAGCAGAUUGUUUUGGUUGGGUCGAUGGGAGGAACUAACAUCAAUCACCCUCUCAAUAGUAUUGGCAAUGCCAACAUUCUGGUUUGGAAGAGAAAGGCUGAGCAAUACUUGGCAGAUUCUGGUAUUCCAUACACCAUCAUCAGGGCGGGAGGUCUGCAGGACAAGGAAGGUGGCAUUCGUGAAUUACUCGUGGGAAAAGAUGACGAGCUUCUCGAGACAGAAACAAGAACAAUUGCAAGACCUGAUGUUGCAGAAGUCUGCGUUCAGGCGUUGCAACUUGAGGAGGCAAAAUUCAAAGCACUUGACCUGGCCUCAAAGCCCGAGGGAACAGGCACCCCAACAAAGGAUUUCAAGGCCCUUUUCACUCAAGUAACCACUAAGUUCUGAUCUGUUCUCUUUGUCCUCAUAGCAGAGUCCUAGGAUUGACACUGAGAGGGUUGAGUUCAUUAUGUGUCUGAACCGGCUCUUUCUAUUUCUCAUGAGUUCUUGCUUUUGAAAUAUAUUUAGAGAUCAUCAAAACUCUCAAA